AUGUCCGCACGGCCAUUGGGCCGUCUGGCCUCGCGCCUGGGUUCCCAAUUUGGGACUCAGCCCUUGCGAGCAUCUCGCGCAGGAUAUGCGACCGUCUCUGACAGUCCUCUGGAUAAGAAUAAGUCUCCCCGUCUUUUGGUCGAGAUGACAAACUGGGAAAAAGGUCACUACAUCAACUACAAGAAAAUGUCCGAGAACCUCGCCAUCGUUCGAAAGCGACUAAACAAACCCCUUACUUUGACUGAAAAAGUCCUAUACUCUCAUUUGGAUGAUCCCCAUGGCCAAGACAUCGAACGUGGUGUCUCAUACCUCAAGCUCCGACCUGAUCGAGUAGCCUGUCAAGAUGCUACUGCUCAGAUGGCCAUCCUCCAGUUCAUGUCUGCCGGCAUGCCUUCCGUCGCAACUCCUUCGACCGUCCACUGCGAUCAUUUGAUUGAAGCUCAGAUUGGAGGCGACAAGGAUUUGGAUAGAGCAAAGGACAUCAACAGAGAAGUCUAUGACUUUCUGUCUACCGCCUGUGCGAAAUACAACAUCGGCUUUUGGAGACCCGGCUCUGGUAUCAUUCACCAGAUCAUCCUGGAAAAUUACGCCUUCCCCGGUGCUUUGUUGAUUGGCACUGAUUCCCAUACUCCCAACGCUGGUGGUCUCGGUAUGGCUGCAAUUGGUGUCGGCGGCGCUGACGCAGUCGACGUUAUGGCUGGACUUCCUUGGGAGUUGAAGGCUCCUAAAGUUAUUGGUGUCAAGUUGACUGGUGAACUUUCUGGAUGGACCUCGCCCAAAGACAUCAUCCUCAAGGUUGCCGGCAUUCUCACAGUCAAGGGUGGUACUGGCGCGAUUGUUGAAUACCAUGGUCCUGGUGUUGACAGCAUCAGCUGCACUGGUAUGGCCACGAUCUGCAACAUGGGAGCCGAGAUUGGAGCCACCACCUCGAUCUUCCCAUUCAAUGAUCGUAUGUAUGAUUACCUCAACGCCACCAAGCGUAAGGCGAUUGGAGACUUUGCUCGCUCCUAUAGCCAUGAGUUGAAGGAAGACAAGGGCGCAGAGUAUGAUCAGCUGAUUGAGAUCAAUCUCUCCGAGCUCGAGCCUCACAUCAACGGGCCCUUCACUCCCGAUUUGGCCACUCCAAUCUCCAAGUUCAAGGAUGCCGUCAAGGAGAACGGAUGGCCUGAAGAACUCAAGGUUGGCUUGAUCGGUUCUUGCACCAACUCCUCCUAUGAGGACAUGAGCCGUGCUGCUUCCAUCGCUGAGGAUGUUAUGCAGCAUGGAGUCAAAGCCAAGUCUUUGUUCACUGUCACCCCCGGUUCCGAGCAGAUCCGUGCCACCAUCGAACGUGAUGGCCAGUUGAAGACCCUUGAGGAUUUUGGUGGCAUGAUCCUGGCCAACGCCUGUGGUCCAUGUACUCCCAACUCGAUCCUGUCGUCCUACAACCGUAACUUUACCGGACGAAACGACGCCAACCCUGCUACACAUUCCUUCGUCACCUCGCCCGAUCUUGUGGUAGCACUGACGGCUGCCGGCACGCUCAACUUCAACCCUCUGACUGAUACGCUAAAAGACAAGGAUGGCAAGGAGUUCAAGCUCAAGCCACCAACGGGUAAUGGUCUGCCCCGAAAUGGAUAUGACCCUGGCCGAGACACAUAUCAAGCGCCUCCAGAGGAACGCUCUUCAGUUGAGGUUUCUGUGUCUCCUACAUCAGACCGUCUGCAAGUUUUGGAACCCUUCAGUGCCUGGGACGGCAAGGACAUUUUGGAUGUGCCUAUCCUCAUCAAGACGCAGGGCAAGACCACAACGGAUCACAUCUCGAUGGCCGGCCCAUGGUUGAAGUACCGUGGCCAUUUGGACAACAUCUCAAACAACAUGCUGAUUGGCGCAAUUAACGCUGCAAACGGCGAAGCGAACAAGAUUCAGAACUUCAAGACUGGCGAAUGGGAUGCAGUGCCCGCCACCGCGCGAAAGUACAAGGCCGAGGGUAUUCCAUGGGUCGUCAUCGGCGACUGGAACUACGGUGAAGGCUCCUCAAGAGAACAUGCUGCUUUGGAACCUCGACAUCUUGGCGGUACGGCCAUCAUCACCCGAAGCUUCGCUCGUAUCCACGAAACCAACUUGAAGAAGCAAGGUAUGCUUCCCUUGACAUUCUCCAACCCCGAAGACUACGACCGAAUCAAUCCCGACGACAAGAUUGAUCUUCUCGUGACCAAACUGGCCCCUGGCCAACCCAUCACCAUGAGAGUCCACCCUAAGGACGGCAAGACAUUCGAGGUUGAACUUUCUCACACCUUCAAUGAGGGACAGAUUGAGUGGUUUAAGAAUGGCAGCGCUCUCAACACCAUGGCCAAGAAGGCAGGCACCAAGUAA